UGAAUUGGAUCACAGAAGUUGGGUGGAGCUAAUGAGCACUAUAUAAUUAAAAGCAUCAGAGUAUUAAGAUCCCUCUCAGCCCAACAUCUGAAACAGGAAGACAUCCCAAAGACUCCAGUGAAAUAUGUCAAGGGAGAGAAAAAAAACCCCAUCUCCCAUGGUGAAUAACAAAGCACAGAAAGCAGAACACACCUUGUGCAGUCAAUAUGAGGAGAAAAUCCGUCCCUGUAUUGAUCUCAUUGACUCCCUGAGAGCGCUCGGAGUAGAAAAGGACCUGGCUUUGCCAGCAAUUGCAGUGAUUGGAGACCAGAGUUCUGGAAAAAGCUCUGUUCUAGAAGCCCUGUCCGGAGUCGCUCUUCCUAGAGGCAGUGGUAUUGUUACCAGAUGUCCUUUAGAGCUCAAACUGAAGAAAGUGCAUUACACGCAGGAAUGGAAAGGAAAAAUUACUUACUUGGAGAUAAACCAAGAAUUGAAUGGUCCCUCUGAAGUGGAAAAAGAAAUAAGGAAAGCCCAGGAUGCAAUGGCUGGUGAAGGAGUGGGCAUUAGCCAAGAAUUAAUUUCCCUAGAAAUUAGCUCCCCAAAUGUUCCAGAUCUGACACUGAUUGAUCUGCCAGGGAUUGCUAGGGUGGCUGUGGGGAAUCAGCCAAAAGACAUUGGAAAUCAGAUCAUAAAUCUAAUUAAAAAGUAUAUUUGUAAGCAACAAACUAUAAAUCUGGUAGUGGUACCAAGUAAUGUGGAUAUUGCAACUACAGAGGCCCUAAGAAUGGCUAAAGAGGUGGACCCUAAGGGGGAGAGAACUCUAGGGAUUCUCACAAAACCCGAUUUGGUCGACAAGGGAACCGAGAGCAAUGUAGUUGACAUUGUCCGAAAUCUCAGCAUCCCCCUAAGGAAGGGCUACUUGAUUGUUAAAUGUCGUGGGCAGCAAGACAUCCAUGACAACUUGACACUGGCCUCUGCAAUUCAGAAAGAGAGAGAAUUCUUUGAGGAGCAUGAAUAUUUUAGGUGUUCCACCCAGGACUGGUUAAACCAGGCCAGGACUAAAUCACUACCAACUUUAGAAAAUCAGAUAAAGGACAAACUCCGGGUGGCAAACAACAAGCUACAAAAAUAUGGCAAAGGUGUGCCAGAAUCAGUAGAAGAGCAGAUGCUCUUCCUAGUAGAUAAACUCAAACUCUUUAACCAGGACAUCAUGAAUUCAGUGCAAGGAGAAGAAAUUGUAACUGAUAAAACAAAACAAAGACUAUUCACAAAAGUUCGCAAGUUCUUUAAUGAAUGGGAAUCCCAUAUUAAUAACAGUACACUGAAAGUAAAAGAAAUUAUGAAAGAAGAAGUGUGGGGCUUUGAAAAUCACUAUCGUGGAAGAGAGCUCCCAGGUUUUGUCAAUUACAAGACAUUUGAGGCCAUUGUGAAACAACAAAUUGUGCUGCUGAAAUCACCAGCUAUCAUGAUACUGAAGACAGUGACUGAGCUUGUAUGAGAAACUUUUACUGAAAUUGCCAUGCAACACUUUGAGAACUUUUUCUAUCUUUUCAGAGAAGCUAAGACUAGAAUUGAAGACAUAAAACAAAAACAAGAGGAGGAAGCUGAAACUGUAAUUGCCAAUCAGUUCAAAAUGGAACGCAUCGUUUACUGUCAGGACAGUCUUUACCAUGAGGAUUUACAGGAAAUUAGAAAAACUACUGAAGUCCUCCCUUUUGGUGUUGCUGUUACUCGUGUUAAGUCUAUUGCAUCUCAAAAACAGUAUUCCAUUGAUGAAAUGGCUUAUCACUUGAAUGCAUAUUUCAAGGGUGCAGGCAAUCGUCUCUCCACUCAAAUUCCUUUGAUUAUUCAGUCCUACGUCCUCCAGGACUACACUGAAAAGUUACAGAAUGCAAUGUUGCAACUUUUGCAAGAUAAAGAUAAGUUCAGCAUUCUUCUUCUUGAGAAGAAAGAUGCUGCCACUGAAAGGAAAAAUGUGAAAGAAAGAAUUAAACGUCUGACACAAGCUCGACAACGCUUAGCAAAGUUCCCAGGUUCAUCUCAGUUAAUGAACAAGUCCCAGAGCUGCUGGGCAUCUUCAUCUGGGAAGCAAAGAAGCAGGCAAAUAAUGUAUAAACCAUCACUGCGUAAGAUGCCGGCACAGUCAGGAACUUACUUGAUGGCCAAAGAAUCACAAGUAUUCCUUGGAGGAAGACACCCUCCACAGUCAAAUGCAGCUUUUGCAGCAUCGCUGUCAACACAGUCUCAAGCAGUUUUUGCGGGAUCAUUCCCAACUCAGUCGGAAGAAGAUUUUGCAGUACCCCUCCCGCCAGAGUCAGAAGACAAUUUUGUAACAUUGCCCGCACCAGCACAGACUAACACAGUUUUUACCGGAUUGCUCUCAACGCAGUCAAAUGCAGCGUUUACAGGAUCACACCCAGCCCAGUCAAAAGAACCUUUCCCAGGAUAUUUCCCAGCCCAGACUAAAGCAGUUUUUCCAGGAUCACUCCCAACGCAGUCAAAAGAAGCUUUAACAAGACUGCAACCAACAGAGUCAAAAGGAGCUACUGCAGUGCCACACCCUUCCAUGCAGAAUGCACCUCCAGAGUGGAAUGAGAUGAUUCAGAGACACAUAGCAGCAGCCCAGUGGGCGGAGUCUGGGAAAUAUCAACAAGAAAAGAUGAAACAGCAAGAGAGAAUAUAUCAUUUCCAAGAGCAACAGAAUAAGAACACAGUACACACCUUGUACAACCAAUAUGAGGAGAAAAUCCGUCCCUGUAUUGAUCUCAUUGACUCCCUGAGAGCGCUCGGAGUAGAAAAGGACCUGGCUUUGCCAGCAAUUGCAGUGAUUGGAGACCAGAGUUCUGGAAAAAGCUCAGUUCUAGAAGCCCUGUCCGGAGUCGCUCUUCCUAGAGGCAGUGGUAUUACCACCAGAUGUCCCUUAGUGCUCAGACUGAAAAAACUGGCUCCUCAGCAGGAAUGGAAAGGGAAAAUUAGUUACCGGAAUAUAGAUGAAGAACUCCACCAUCCCUCAGCGGUGGAUAAUGAAAUAAGAAAAGCCCAGAAUGCAAUAGCUGGUGAAGGAGUGGGCAUUAGCCAGGAAUUAAUUUCCCUCGAAAUUAGCUCUCCAAAUGUUCCAGAUCUGACAUUGAUUGAUCUUCCAGGGAUUGCUAGGGUGGCUGUAGGGAAUCAGCCACAAGACAUUGGAGAACAGAAAAUCAAACUGUUUAAUCAAGACAUCGUGAGUUCAGCGGUGGGAGAAGAAAAGUUGUUUGAAAAUGAAAUUAGACUGUUUACAAAAAUCCGCACAGAGUUUCAAAAAUGGGGGAAGAUACUUGAUGACAGUGCAUUGACUGAUAGAAAAACUAUACAACAUGAAGUGUGUAGAUUUGAAGAACAGUAUCGUGGAAGAGAACUCCCAGGGUUUACCAGUUACAAGACAUUUGAGGCCAUUGUAAGACAGAGAGUCAUGGCACUAGAAAAACCAGCUAUUGAGAUGCUGAAGAAAGUAAUUGAAAUUGUCCGAAAAUCUUUCACAGACGUUGCCAAAGAUCAUUUUGAGGAUUUUCAAAAUCUUAACAGAGCUGCUAAGGACAGAAUUGAAGACAUUAGCAAGAAACAAUCAGAGGAAGCUCAAACAAUUAUCAGAAUCCAUUUUAAAAUGGAGCAGCUUGUAUACUGCCAGGACAAUGUUUACAGACAAGACUUAAAAGUUAUCAGGGAAGAAACACCAAAGGAAGCAGCCAACAGUCUGAACCCGGCCUCCUUGAGUUUCAAUUUUGGAACUGUCCAGAACCACCCUGCCGUUAAGGAUAUGACUUAUCACCUGGAGGCAUACUUCAAUAGUGCAGGUAAACGUCUCUCCAACCAAAUUCCUCUGAUCAUCCAAUUCUACAUCCUUCAGGACUUUGGAGAUAAAUUACAGAAUUCAAUGCUGCAACUUUUACAAGAAAAAGAAAAAUUGAGCUUCUUUCUUCAGGAACGGAACGAUGCUGCCGAACAGAGACAUUUUCUGAGUGGACGAAUUCAUCGUCUGACACAAGCUCGCCUUCGCCUAAUGAAAUCUUCUUCAAAAGAAGCUUUAACAAGACUGCAACCAACAGAGUCAAAAGGAGCUACUGCAGUGCCACACCCUUGCAUGCAGAGUGCACCUCCAGAGUGGAAUGAGAUGAUUCAGAGACAGAUAGCAGCAGCCCAGUGUGCGGAGUCUGAGAAAUAUCAAGAAGAGAUGAAACAGCAAGGGGGAAUCCCUGAUCUCGAAGAGCAACAGAAUGAGAACACAGAACACACCUUGUACAACUAUUAUGAGGAGAAAAUCCGUCCCUGUAUUGAUCUCAUUGACUCCCUGAGAGCGCUCGGAGUUGAAAAGGACCUGGCUUUGCCAGCAAUUGCAGUGAUUGGAGACCAGAGUUCUGGAAAAAGCUCGGUUCUAGAAGCCCUUUCUGGAGUCUCUCUUCCUAGAGGCAGUGGUAUUGUUACCAGAUGUCCCUUAGCACUCAAACUGAAAAAACUGGCUCCUCAGCAGGAAUGGAAAGGGAAAAUUAGUUACCGGGAUAUAGAUGAAGAACUCCAUGAUCCCUCAGUGGUGGAUAAUGAAAUAAGAAAAGCCCAGGAUGCAAUGGCUGGUGAAGGAGUGGGCAUUAGCCAGGAAUUAAUUUCCCUAGAAAUUAACUCCCCGAAUGUUCCAGAUCUGACGCUGAUUGAUCUUCCAGGGAUUGCUAGGGUGGCUGUGGGGAAUCAGCCACAAGACAUUGGAGAACAGAGAGUCCUUCCUGUGUCCUCUCUUUGUUUUAUAACCAUCUUCUGUUUUCAGAGUGCAGGUAAACGUCUCUCCAGCCAAAUUCCUCUGAUCAUCCAAUUCUACAUCCUUCAGGACUUUGGAGAUAAAUUACAGAAUUCAAUGCUGCAACUUUUACAAGAAAGAGAAAAAUUGAGCUUCUUUCUUCAGGAACAGAAAGAUGCUGCCGAUCAGAGACAUUUUCUGAGUGGACGAAUUCAUCGUCUUACACAAGCUCGCCUUCGCUUAGUAAAAUCUGUGCUGUAGCCUCUCUGCUUUAAAUGGUCUGUUUCAAAUGUCAGUUCUUGGUACUGAGAAGAUCUAUAAUCAGAGCUUUGUAUAACCCUUUAGAAAUUGUGCAUCUGUCUACAUUGGCCUUAAAAACUGAAUGAACUAAGAGUUUAGCUAAAUCACGUAAUUGCUUUAACCGCAUCAGUUAUGUGUGUCUCACAUGUUCACCUGUGAACCAUUUUAUUUUGUUUUAGUUUCCUAUGCUUCCUUGUAAUUAUGUUGCAACUGGGAAACAUUCUGAAUGUGUUCAUUUUAACAAGUGAGGACAUGAGCUCUCUGGUACAGACCAUACAACCUUCAGUAAGCAAAUGAAUUAAACCAUAUUGCAUGAGAGACUGAAUCAAAAGUGUAAGUAUAUUUUAAAUGUGUGCUUUCCUUCUUACAUUUUUUGUUGUGUUCUUCCACAUGCUUUAUUUCAGCCCUGGAAAUGAGUUAGUCUAUUUUAACAUUUUGAAAUUAUGGUACAUAUUUAAAAAAAAAAAAAAAAAAAAAAAAAAAAGGUAAAUGUCACUUUGCAAGUGUAGUGUAGGAUAUAAAGUUGUUAGAUGCUGGACUGAGAUCCUCUGUAUGUCACCUGAUGUCCUGGCCCAAUCACUGGCAAAGAACCUAAUCAUAAUGUGGCUCAACAAAUCAUGAGUUGAGACCAAGUUGUUUCUGUGAGUGUGUACUGUAAUUAUGCUUCUAUGAAACUCUAUUAAAACUUUUUAUACUGUUCUGGUAAAGCAACUGAGGUUGAUCCCAUCAGAGGGUUCAAUGGCCUACCCAAAGGAGUGGUAGAGAAGCAUAUGUAGCUCAUGUUGACCUGUUUGUUAGACACGAUGGAAGAGCUGAGGGGCAAAUGGGCAUAGAUUGAGCUUUCUUUAGUAUAUACCACAGCUGUGUGGUGUGGAAGCUUUCUUGGCCCUACUCAACUCCAGAAACUGAAGUCUCUAUUUAUAAAAAGAGGUACAUUACUCUGCUGCUAUUCCAUCAACAGUAAUGUGAGCUUAUGGUCUUAAAAGAAAAAAAGCCCUGAAAGAAACACUUUUGGACACAAGUUUUCUUUGAUUAAACUUCGUUAUCCUUCAUAUGCAUUCAGUAGUGAACUUGGUGAAUACUUUUCUUUCAAGUAUCAUCAGAACACAGCACAUGCCUGUUACAACUAAAGAUAAGUCCAGUACUGACUCAAAUCCAACCUUUUAUCCGUCAAAAUAGCAAAAUAGAUACUUCCCCUCAGCCCUUACUGCCUUUAAGAUGAGCUUCCUUGCCACUUGUAAGUCCACUAAGUAUCACUAAAAUUGUCCUUCCCACUGAAGUUAUUUAGCAGUGGGGGGUAGUCAGCACUUCUGAAAGUCAAGCCAAGUAACCUGUUUAAAGAACUACCAGGAAGCUUGCUGAAAGGUUGGAGAAAAA